AUGGCUAACAGUCGUGGUAUUGAAGCUCUUAAAGGUACAUGGAGUUAUAGUAGUAAUGACAAUUUCGAUGCUUUUCUCAAAGAAUUCGGUGUAAACAAAGUAUUACGUACGUUAGCAAAAACGGUGAAACCUCGUGUUAUAAUCAGUGAGAAAGAUGGCAAAUGGGGAUAUCGCUCCGAAUCAACUUUGAACACGACAGCAAUUGAAUUUACACCAGGUGUUGAAUUCAAAGAUAAAGGACAUGAUGGAGAAGAAUAUACAUCAACAAUUCGAUUUGAAAAUGGCAUAUGGGUACAAACAGUUAAUUAUAAAAAUGGUAAACAAGUUUCUGUCGAACGUCUGAUUAACAAUCAGGAUCAAUUACAAGUCAAUCUUCAAUGUGGCAAUGUUAAAGCUAUUGAAUAUUAUAAACGCGCGGCGUGA